AUGAAAUUUUCAGCACUACUCGAUCCUUGCAUUUAUGAAUUAACUCUGAUUGCAAGCAGUCAUGAAUUCGGACUAAGUUCUAAAAUAGCAGUACAAGUCGUUAAUCGAGCAAGCGAUGAAAGUGAUGAGGAUAUUAUUUUAAUUGAUAAGAACGCUAAAAUAAAAUGGAGCGUACGCAAUGAUUUAAUACAAUUUCCAAUUUUAUCAUUAUCAAAUAAAUUGCAGUUAAAAUAUACGCGAACAUAUGGAAAGCCAUCGGUUAUUAUUCUGGUGCUUUUUUUGGAUGCUCAAGAAUAUCUUGAUCGGUUUGUGCAUAUUUAUCAGUCAGAGAUGAUCGAAAAUCAAUAUGCUAUCUCAUCCGUUCAUUAUUCAAAUUGGACUUCUGAAAAUGGCGAUUACUUGAAUCGUUGGGCUAUAGAAAAGCUUUGGUUUCAGAAAGUUAAUCUUACUGAUAAUUCCAAAGCUAUUUUAUGGAUUCAUUCACCUCAAUUUAUUGCUUAUGAUCAAAUUCCUAUUGCUAAAAUUAGUUAUCAUAUAGAUAACUGCUCCAUUGUUAACAACUCUGGAUUAGUGAUCGUAUCACAUCAAGAUCUUUAUCGUAGUGCCAAUAUUUUCCAGUGGAAUUUUUGGUCUAAUACUUUUGCAAAAAAUUACGAUAGUUCUAUUGCGGUACAUUUACUAUAUCCAGUCGAUUUAUGGACAUCACAAACUCAUUCUUUCAAAGUAUUCUUAGUUUCUAUUCUUUACUGUUCUGUAUAAUU